UGCCCGCCAAUCAGGGUGUCAUCAGUGGGCAUGUGCGUUACACAUGCGCAGGGUUGUACCAGUAGGUGUAUCCUCCUGCAUGUAGACUAGCCAGCAAGCACAUUUGCAGCUCGCCUUGGCACAAGCAAAGAUGCAAAUCCAGAGCAACAUUCAGAGUGUCAAUUCGAUCUUCGGCUGUAAUGCGUCCGGUCACAGCGGCAUCAAUCAGUUGGGUGGUGUUUACGUGAACGGGCGUCCACUUCCGGACUCAACGCGACAGAAGAUUGUGGAACUGGCCCAUUCCGGUGCCAGACCGUGUGACAUUUCCCGUAUUCUACAGGUUUCCAAUGGAUGCGUUAGUAAAAUUUUGGGUCGGUACUACGAGACCGGAUCAAUCAAACCGAGAGCGAUCGGCGGAAGCAAACCGAGGGUGGCUACCGCUGCCGUGGUUUCCAAGAUUUCCGACUACAAGGCCGAAUGUCCCAGUAUUUUUGCCUGGGAGAUUCGGGACAGACUUUUGUCGGAGGGUGUUUGUAAUAAUGAUAAUAUUCCCAGUGUUUCUUCGAUUAAUCGAGUACUGCGUAAUUUGGCCUCAAACAAGGAAACAUCUACCCAAAACAAUGAUACAGUUUACGAAAAGAUUAAACUAUUCAAUAACACAAGCAGUCACUGGACCUGGUGCCAAAAUAUUGGCGGAGGUCAAUUUAACUUUUCUUCACAUCCAAUCUCACAUCUAACUCUGAAGAGUCCUACUGAUCCCCAGCAAUCUAAACCAGUCAAUUGUUGUGCAGAGGAAAUGAGCGACAAGUAUUCAUCCGAGGACGACGAGGAUUCGGAGCUUCGGCUGAAGCUGAAGCGGAAAUUGCAACGUAAUCGAACUUCCUUUACCAACGAGCAGAUCGAAAAUCUAGAAAGAGCAGAAUUCGAGCGGACCCACUAUCCGGAUGUGUUUGCGAGGGAACGGCUGUCGGAACGGAUUCAGCUACCGGAAGCAAGAAUACAGGUAAUGGGGUUCCACUGCUGGCGCCGGUUGGUAAGUACUGGCCCUAGCGUGACACAGGUCAUCGAGGUAACAUUUUGAUAAGUUUUAUGGCAAACUGGUUACGAUUACUAGAUAUUUUAUUUUCCAUAUAUGCAAAAAAAUAGUUUUUUUCGAAAAGUUUAGGUUUGAUGGCGGACAAACAGAAGACAGCAGUCAUGGUUCUUGCUGGAAACAGUCAAAAAAUCGUUGGAAGGUAAUUUUUGGUAAAACUAUACACGAAUAAAAACAUUGCAAACAUUGAAAAAA